AUGAUAGCUGGAGACCCUUUAAGAAUAUUCACUCUUGAAUAUGUAGUUUUUGAAGGGCAAGAUAUGGUAGAAGCAAAUCAGAAGGGAAUGGUUAUUGGGAAUGGCAAGAAAGAGGGAAGAAAGGUGGGAGUCUUACUUUGGCAGAGGAAAGACUUUUGGGUGGCGGAAAUGGCUCUCUCUCGUUUCAUACUUGCAAAACCAGUUUUGCAUUUCCACACAAGAGGAAUCCCAAAAUCAACAAGAUGGGUCUCUUCUUCUUCUUCCUCUUCUUCAAAUGGAGGGACCCAAAAGUUUUCACAUGUGAAAGGAGUGGAGGGCGAAAAGGAGAAUGAGUGA